AUUUUAUCUUAUUUUGGAUUAUGACGCGUGAAAGGGAUUAUUUAUUGUCAGGCGUUUAAAUGAUUCAUCUGCUGGCUCGAUUUCCCUUUUGUCUCCUUUUUUUUCCUCUCAUUUUUGAGCUAUCCGCAUGACCCUCAAAACCGUCCAAAUAGCCGAUGAUUCCAUGAUGAAAGAGAAGUUCCAUUUUCAAUAACAUUUUUUUAUUUUUUAUUCUCCUAUUAAGACAAAAAAAAAAGCUUUUUUUGACGCACAGACUUUUUUUAUGUGGGUGUUGUUUUGUGUGUGUUGGGUGUGUGGAACAAAGCAUUACAAAUUCGCGCUGAGUUUAAUUUGUGAACUGACUACACCAUUAAUAAUCAAAGAAUUGGCUUAUAUAAAGGGGUGGGGGAAAGAAGGAAAAAAAAUUAAGAAAAAAAAAUUAAUUUUAAAAUAUGCCUCGUAUUCCUAUUACUAUAAUUACUGGAUUCCUGGGUGCGGGAAAGACAACACUGUUAAAUCGAGUUCUUAACACCAAUCAUCAGUCUCCCAACAAGAAAAGAAUUGCAGUGAUUGAGAAUGAGUUUGCUGCAGCCUUUGGUAUCGAGAACGAGAUACUGCAUGGAGAUAAAAUAGAAGACAUACAAAAUCUGUAUGAAUUUGGCAUGGGUUGUGUUUGUUGUUCCUCCAGUGGAGAGUUAAUCAAUGCACUUGUGGAAAUCGCUAUGCGUAAUGAUCAUGAACCAAAAGAAAAGUCAAUUGAGCAUGUUAUUUUGGAAACAACCGGAUUAGCAGAUCCCACUCCUAUACUUCAAUUAAUUACUCAGGGUGCAGAUAGAAAGGGAACGGAUGAUAUCGUGAAAAACUAUUAUGUGAAUGGAAUCAUCACCUUGGUGGAUGCCAAACAUUUUCAUCAAUCUCAGCUAGCAAAACCCAGUCACUAUAAGAAUGAAUUACUGGCACAGUUACACACUGAUGUUGUACUCUUAAACAAAGCAGAUCUUGUAUCAGCACAGGAAUUAGAGCACAUGAAGAAAUUUAUUCGUGGCCAUAAUCCAAAUGUCAAGUUGUAUACUACCACUUUUGCUAAAUUAGAAGAUCUGGAUAUUCUCGAUCUUGAACAUGCAGUCGUGACACAAACAAAUGAGGAAGCAUUGAAAAAGCAUGACCCUGCUAUCGAACAAACCAUGUUGCUGGCUUCCGGUAACUUUGUGGAUCCAUCAGCUGUGCAGCUCUUCAUUAAAAACACGACAACUCAGUACGAAAUAUAUAGAAUCAAGGGCAUAUUGUACCUACAGGAAAAUCCAAACAAAAAGUACAUCAUUCAAGGGGUAGCCAAUGAUCAACUGUCGCUAGUAGAGGGAAAUGCAUGGGAAGACCACGAAACAAGAGAAAUCAAUGCAACCAUUUAG